GGCAGCACUGAUGGGCAUUGACAGGCAUCACUGAUGGGCACUGAAAGGCAGCACUGAUACAUGGCACUGAUAGGUGGCACUGACUGGCACUAAUAGGUGGCACUGAUUGGCAGCACUGAUAGGUGGCACUGAUGGGUGACACUGAAAGGCAGCUCAGAUGGGCACUGAUAUGUGGCAUUGAUGUGGCAAUGAUGGACACUGACAGCUGGCACAGCCGCGCAUGCGCAGAGAAUGCGCAGAGAAUGGGAGGACGUCAUAUGAGCCAAUCACGGCAAGUGAUAGCCUGCUCGGAUUGGCUGCGUCAGAGAGGCGGGCUGAUGAUGUCACAACUUCAGCCAAUCCGAGCAGGCUCUGUA